AAGCCACGGAGAACUUCAGUAACCUCCAGGAAAACUCUGAGGUUAGGGAGACUAGCACAGCCAAAGAAGACAUGAGGAGUCUGCUGGCACUGCUGAUUGUGACUCUGGCCCUGGUAGCACUCUGUUCUUGCGAGAAAGAUCCCAAAGAGCCUUCAGGAUCUCUCAGCGCUGACAGCAUCAAGAUUAAAAAAGAAGUUGCCAAUGCGUUUGUGAAGAGGCAGAAGAGGUCCAGCCUCUAUGAACGGUACUUCGAGUAUUAUAAAAAUCCAAUGGAGCAGAUGCAUGAGCGCUGUGAAAACUAUCCCCCCUGUGACUAUCUCUCUGACCAAAUAGGAUUUUCCUUGGCCUACAACCGUUUCUUUGGGAGAUACUAAGGAUUGGAAGGUCUCUUCAUUUGUUUGGCUUGGAACACUCUGAGCCCCACAAGAGAAAAAAGGUUGUGGGUGGAAGGAGGGAAGGGAAAUAUCCAAACUGGCAUCUACUUCCACUAUCUCCUUAACCAGCUGGAAUGCAAGGCAGUAAUUAUCCUACUUGUUGAGCUUACAUUAGCUUUCUUCCUUUCAUCAAAAAAAGUCUCUCUUUAGACACCUCCUGUGGUAUUUUGAGCUGCACCAGAAGACUGUCUUACCUCCUUCCAUCUGAAUCCCCAGGACACAAUAGGUGAAAAAAAUGGUGAUUGGUCUCAAGAAAACCAUUGCAUGCCUUAGAAACAAAACUAGACCUCUUAUACUUUUCUGAAAAAUGCAGGGGGAUUAUAGAAGAAUGUCACAAUUAUGAUGUUGUUACACAAUGUGCGUAAAUGUGACGGAUCUGAUCCUGGGAUGCUCACUGGGAGGGAGGAAGGAAGAACAGCUGCCUCCUGUUAGAAUUACUGGAAAGUUCAGUAUUUUCACAUAGUAUAAUCACACUAAGUAUGCAUCACACUAGGAUCACUUUAUAAAGAUAGAAGUGCGCAAAUACUAAUGCAUAGACAGAAAUCAGGUUCUGGUACAUUCUUCUGGUUAUUCUGUCACAAAAAUUGCCCAUAUAGCAACAACCAAGAAAUUCCAAAAGGAGUGUUUAAGGUGUGUUUCCUCCUUUUAGAUGAGCUCUUCCAUUUGUACACUGAAUUCGGUGACUGUCUGUAAAAAGCAACUUGGAAAUCUCUUGUUGUUUGUGGUUUUUUUUAACCAGUUUCUGGUGAAACUGAACAUACCCAAGCAGAACAAAAAACCAACCUGUUUGUCUCUAAUGCUAUAGCAUUUAUGCUUGAAACUAGAAGUGUCUAAGCAGCUAAAAAAAAAAGGUUAUGAAAUAAACAAAAAGAAAAUUGAUUCAAGAAUGGAUUGAAGUUGGUCAGCAUUUCAUUUAUUCAAGACAACUUGUAUCUAAAUAUAUAUAUAUAUAUAAUGUAUGUGUGUAUUUAUAUACAUAUUGUGUUCCCUCUGCACUACUUCAUUCUGUCCUCUGGUAUUAAUAUUAUACCUUAGCACUUUCUGCACAGCUUCUUUAAUAUGCUCUGUCAGCUUUCCUUCCCUGAGAGGUAGAUGGCAGAUCACAUCUCCAAGGACAAGGACUGCUGAUCCUCAGGAGACUGACAGAGAUCAAGUCUCUGGUUACAUGUAAGCUGCAGAUUGCAAUAAAUACUACUUAUGUAAAGCAGGUUGGUGUGCUGCUUCUCUCUGUUCCUCUGUACAACCUUUACCUGUGGUUAAAGAGGUGCCUGGAAGGUACAGCCUGCUUUUGUGAACCCUGAGGAGCAGGAACCGGGUGCAUGAGUCUUCCUCCUCUCCUCCCGUGCCCCAGUGUGAAUCAUAAGUGACUGUAUCGAAAUUCAGGUUGUAGUUCCAGCACUCUGUGAUGCUGAGGGAAAGGAGGGCCAGGCUUUUCCUGAUUCACCAUCUACCCAGUUCAGUGUUUUCCUGAAAGACCUAAGCCUGAAGUAAGGACACAGGAUAAGUCCACAGAGAUGGCUGCCAGAAGGAGUGUGAGCAUCUUGUUUGGCAAGCUGCUAUGACUUGUACCAGUUAUGCUGAUCUUGGCCAAGGAGAAGACACUUAAUAAAUAUCUCUGCAUGUCUUGGUCAAACACCUGUGACCUGUGACUGGUUCCUCUAUUGGCAUAAGCUGAUGGGGCUUCACUGCUCACAGCAAAACUCUCCUCUGAACACCAUCUAGUAAAAAUGAACAGAGUGCUUAUUGGAAGAAGUGAAAUUUUUGCUUGGAAAAAUACUAGAGAGAUUAGUGAAAUCCUAAUGUCUGGUGUAAUAAUAAAAUAAGGAUUUUGUUGUUGUUGUUGUAUGGUUUUGUUAGCACAAAAAGUUUCCUGUCUAUGUUUGGAUCAUUCUGUUAGUUUUAUAUUUUUUCUCUCCCUUUCAGUAA